AUGCCAACCAACACCUCCUCUCCGGUUAAGCGUCCCGGUCUGGGCCGCCGCGCGGUGUCUUCACAUGCGGUUGUCACGAGGUCUCAGUCCAACUCCAGCACCAACACGAACGAGCUGUCUCAAUCUCACUCCUCCAGGUCGACCAGUACCGCCAACAUUCACCACAAGGCCCAUCGGGCACAUGUCGUCGGAGGCGGCCAUCGCACUCACGGUCGCAAUCCAUCAUUCGGCAAGAAUCUCAACAAGCUACAGCGCUUCCAAUUAGGCGCCGAGACCACCGCCCGUCAUCAUCAGCGCAAGAAAUCCGCCCCCGUAACUCCUAUUGCCAGCCCCAAGGGUGAAUCGCAUGUACGCUGGGCUGGAUCUGUAAAUGACCAACCUGCCAACCCGUCGAUGAAGAGGAAUUACUCGACGCCGGUUCUCCGACGCAAUCAUUCGGCGAUUACGAAGAAGGCACUGGUCACCGAUCGACCCCUCACGAGUGCAGGAAAGAAGAAGUCCGUUGGAUUCGAGCUGGCUGAAGAUGACAACGACGACACCGAGGAGUGGGAAGAUACCACACAGUCACCCGAAAGUACGAGGCGUAAUUCAGUUGCGCCUUCGAAUCAAAGUACCGAGAACACGCAGGUCUUGGUCGACCCGCUGACCUUUGUGAAGCGACCUUACCCGCAGAUCCCUCGGGCCACCAGUUUGCCUGAUUCUAUCACAAGCAAGCUCGUCAGAGAAGAGCUCGACCAGUACUCCGAUAAGGAAAACGAGCACGACGAGGAACACGAGCACGAGCACGAGCACGGCGACGACAACGACGAUCGCGAGACGGACGCAAAAGGAACAGUGGACGAGUCGCAAGUUCCCGGCCAGUCAGCUGUGGCAGACCAAGUUGACAUUGCAACACGUCUGAUGAGGCCGUCGCACUCGGCCAAAGCUCCGCCUGCCAUGUCAUCUAUCUCCGCAGUCGCCAAACCAGCCGACCCGACCUCGCGUGGCACCUCUUUGACCCUGACUAGUGGCCUUAGUGCUGCGCGGCGAAACUUCUCUACCUCGAACUUGUCGAUAGUUCAACAUGGCAGCGGCAGUCAACCCGGCGCUACGUCAUCCUCUAUGGAAGGCGGUGUUUCCAGAUUUAUUAUGAGCAACAAGUCUGGCGUCCAGUCCUCAUCAAGAAACGACUCGGAUCCGAACACUCCUUCCUCUUUUCUUCCACACUAUCACCCGCAAACACCCCCUUCUCCGAAGAUCUCUAAUGGCCGAGCCGUUGCCUCCCCAGCACGACCUCGGGGUCUUGAUUUGCCUUCUCGAACGCAGCAGAAAUUGUGGCUUCAACGGACAGCUACGCUGAACAACUCUCCGCCUGACUCUCACGGCCUGUCUGCAACUGUUACUCCUUCAACUAUUGAUACGUCCUUUGGCAAUGGGUCUACAUACGAGGGAGGGCCUUCCACAAUUGGCGGCGCCCGACCUGGGGGACUCGGCAAUGACACCGAGGCCCGUCGCAUCCGCAAAGCGUAUGAAAAGACGUCCUUGGAACUGACGGUAGCUCGUCGAUUUCAUUCGCCUACUGCUGAGAGCUUCCAGCGUCUUCGCGCUAUCGCCCGUGCCACCAAGACUCGGGUGGUCAACACCGAACAUGCAUCCGCUAUGGGCAAGCCAGUGAAGUCGGAGCCAUCUCUGACUCUUCUCCAGAAAGCAAACCGACCCACUCGACCGGGUUCUGGCUCGGGCUCUGACAAUCGGCGAUCAGCCGCCGGUCUUCCACUUCCCUCCGAGGACACCGCAGCGCAGAGCGACCCCUCUGAUGCUGUCCCAGCCGGAAGCUCUUCUCACCCUGCCCACCGUCUUCUUUCCACUUCCGACGAAGCGACGCAUGGCUUGGCGAGCGAUCAUUCUCCCGAUGACUUCCCUGCCCUUAGUGAGACUGACCUAAUGAUUCGACGUAUGUGGGAAACUCGAGAGGUCGCUACCUCAGGCUGA